AUGCCACCACGAUCCCGCAAUGUGACGUCCAACGCCGUCUCCGAAUCCUCCCCUCAAAGCCCAAGAAGCCGCGACCCAACGAAGAACAAAAAGAGAGACAUCGACGAGCUGCGAGAUCAGAGCUCUCCGCUGAGACGAUCAAAGCGCUUCAAGUCGACCGAGGCAUUGGUAGCUUCGCCAGCCCCCGGCCAAUCGGAUAUCAUCGACGGUCCAUCUGCUGUCAAUUUGAGGCAAAAGAAGCCGGUACUGUCUCCAAAAACAAGGAAAUCGCAGCCUAGAAUUUCGGUAAAGGAAGAAGUCGAGGAGGAAAUUGAGACAACCGUUGAUGCGAAGGUGGAAAAAGGAAGUCAGGCAAAGCCAGACAACGCAGACGAGACCACUACCGUGACGGGAAAGAUCUCGAGAAAGAGGAAGACCAAAGGGGAAAAGGAGAUCGAGAUGCUCCCUCUGCGAGCUAGAACACCAGGUGUACGCAUUGGUAAUGCAUUUGCUCUCUUCCUGAAGUCGCAGAGGAAAUGGGAGAACCCUCCCCUGCAAGAUGAUCAUCGAGAUCAGUUCCGUCAGUUGUGUCUGGAACACAAGUAUGACGGCGCAAAGCACAUACUUCCCCACGGCUCAUAUCUCGUAAACCUAGCACAAGAGGACAAGGUCAAGGCCAAGCAGGCAUACGAUUCAUUCCUAGACGAUCUCCGACGCUGCGAAGCGCUUGGAAUCACCCUCUACAACUUCCAUCCCGGAAGCGCCAACCAAAGCAGCCUCCCAGACGCCCUCUCAAGGCUCGCCAAGGCCCUGACCAACGCCCUCGAAGCCACCUCAACCGUCGUUCCCGUCCUUGAGACGAUGUGCGGCCAUGGCACCACAAUUGGCGGCUACCUUUCCGAGUUCCGGGACCUCCUCGCCUUGAUCCCGCGCGAGCAUCACCCCCGCAUCGGCAUCUGCAUAGAUACCUGCCACAGCUUCGCAGCAGGAUACGACCUCUCCUCGCCAGCAGGCUACCAGUCCUUCAUGAAGGAGUUCGAAGACCAAAUCGGUCUGCAGUACCUCCGCGCCCUGCACCUCAACGACUCCAAGGCCCCACGCGGCAGCAAACGCGACCUCCACGCCAACAUCGGCACAGGCUUCUUGGGUCUCCGCGCCUUCCACAACAUCAUGAACGACCCGCGCCUCGAAGGCCUCCCCAUGAUCCUCGAGACGCCCAUCGACCGCCCCGCCAACCCAACCCCCGCCAACAUCAAGGACGAACCAAGUGACGUUGAGGCCGACAUCGACGCCGACUCGGCACCCGAGACCGAACAGACCAGCAAGAAAAAGACCUCCAAGCGGAGCAAGUCUAAAGCCGGAGGCGCGAAAGCUCUCGUCCCGGACCCGUCUGUCUGGGCCCGCGAAAUCGCCCUCCUCGAGUCCCUCAUCGGGAUGGACCCCGAAAGCCCCGAGUUUAGGGCCCUCGAGACCCAACUCGCCGAGGAGGGCCGCGAAGUCCGCGCGAAACACCAGGAGCAGUAUGAGCGGAAGCUGGCGGCGGAAGAGCAGAAGAAGAAUAAAGCUGCGGGGGGCGGCAAGGGCCAGAAGACGUUGAUGGAGAUGGUGCAGACCGCGGGGAAGAAGAGGAAGGGGGCUAAAAAGCGGACUGAGAGCGAAAGCGAGAAUGAACUAGAGAGUGACGAUGAAGGAUGUCAGAGCCAUUGA